AGCAAAACCGGACGGUUAGAAGUGGGAAAGCGGCCAAGGCAGACAGCAGAGGGUAGUCCUUUUGUCCAAGGGAAUGUGGAAGAGACUCUUCUGUGGAAACUGUCAGCGGAGAAAGAUUUUUCCGGGUUGAGGUGGCGGGCCAAGGGAUAUUUCCAUGGUGCCUCACUGUGGGUCUGCCAGGACCUGUGCGGAAGCCUGAGGCUCUAAAACCACCAGCUGAGGAGGCAGAUUGAGAUGGUGGCUCGCGCCACAUGAGCUGCGGUUGGGAGCCGGUGAAGAACCGGGGUGAGCACCUGGUGGGGGACUCGACGUCACGGGGCACGUCUUCAGGAGCUCGAUUGGCGAUCAGUGACUGGGUAGAGAGAGGAGGAAAAGUGGUCCCCAGAUCUUUUGGGGGUACCCUGGUGUGAACAGCAGUAGCUACCGGAUCUCUCUGCGCAUGCGCGGGAAGGGGAAGCCGGGAUUUUUUUUUUUUUCUUACACCCCCCGUAGGAGGAGUUGAGAAGGAGAGCGGUCCUUUUGGAGAAUUGAGCAAUUGGCGUGGAAGCGCCCUUUGGCCUGUACGAGGUUUGUGGGAACUCACUCACGGGAGUCACUUUGGUAGAAAAUAAUUGUAAAAGCCUCUUCCAGCAAAAUUAUAUUUUGGCGCUGUGGAUUGGGAGCCGGCGGGAAGCAAAAAAAAUCAGCAUUCAAAUCGUGCCUCUCAGGAGAACUACUGGCUGUGUGACACUGGGCACGUCGUUUAACCUCCCAAUGCCUUAGGGCACUGCCCCUGGAGAGGGGUUAAGAGAAGUGCCAUACUUCAGUAUGGCAGAAGAAAAGAAACUAAAGCUGAGCAACACCGUGUUGCCCUCAGAGUCGAUGAAAGUUGUGGCUGAAUCCAUGGGCAUUGCUCAAAUGCCUGAAGAGACCUGCCAGUUAUUAACAGAUGAAGUUAGUUAUCGUAUCAAGGAGAUUGCACAGGAUGCCCUGAAAUUUAUGCACAUGGGGAAGCGGCAGAAACUCACAACAAGUGAUAUAGACUAUGCCCUGAAGCUGAAGAAUGUUGAGCCACUGUAUGGAUUCCAUGCCCAGGAAUUUAUCCCAUUUCGUUUUGCCUCUGGUGGGGGCCGGGAACUUUAUUUCUAUGAGGAGAAAGAGGUUGAUCUGAGUGAUAUCAUCAACACUCCCCUACCCCGUGUUCCCCUUGAUGUCUGCCUCAAAGCUCAUUGGCUGAGUAUUGAGGGUUUUCAGCCAGCUAUCCCAGAGAACCCACCUCCAGCCCCCAAAGAACAGCAGAAGGCAGAAGCAACAGAGCCAUUAAAAUCUGCAAAGCCAGGACAGGAAGAGGAUGGACCACUAAAAGGCAAAGGUCAAGGAGCUGCAACAGCUGAUGGUAAAGGGAAAGAAAAGAAGGCUCCACCUCUGCUGGAGGGUGCCCCACUGAGAUUAAAACCCCGAAGUAUCCAUGAGUUGUCUGUGGAGCAGCAGUUGUACUACAAAGAGAUAACUGAGGCCUGUGUAGGGUCAUGUGAAGCAAAGAGAGCGGAAGCUCUCCAGAGCAUUGCUACAGACCCUGGACUUUAUCAAAUGCUGCCAAGGUUUAGCACUUUCAUCUCUGAGGGGGUACGUGUGAAUGUAGUUCAGAAUAACUUGGCCCUGCUUAUCUACCUGAUGAGAAUGGUGAAGGCUCUGAUGGAUAAUCCAACCCUGUACUUGGAGAAAUAUGUACAUGAGUUGAUUCCUGCUGUGAUGACUUGCAUUGUGAGUCGACAGCUAUGUCUUCGGCCAGAUGUAGAUAAUCACUGGGCACUCCGGGAUUUUGCUGCUCGCCUGGUAGCUCAGAUCUGCAAACAUUUCAGUACAACUACCAACAACAUCCAGUCCCGGAUCACAAAGACCUUUACUAAGAGUUGGGUGGAUGAAAAGACUCCCUGGACAACCCGCUAUGGCUCCAUUGCUGGCCUGGCAGAACUUGGACAUGAUGUGAUUAAAACCCUGAUUCUGCCAAGGCUUCAGCAAGAAGGUGAGCGUAUUCGAAGUGUCCUGGAUGGUCCUGUGCUGAGCAACAUUGACAGGAUUGGGGCAGACCAUGUGCAGAGCCUCCUUUUGAAACAUUGUGCCCCAGUGUUGGCAAAGCUUAGACCACCACCAGAUAAUCAGGAUGCUUUUCGGACAGAUUUUGGUUCCCUGGGACCUCUUCUGUGCUCUCAUGUAGUCAAGGCCCGGGCUCAAGCUGCCCUGCAGGCCCAGCAGGUUAACAGGACAACACUGACCAUCACUCAGCCCCGGCCUACACUGACGCUAUCUCAGGCCCCUCAGUCAGGCCCUCGCACCACUGGACUGCUGAAGGUUCCUGGCUCCAUUGCAUUACCUGUUCAGACACUGGUGUCUGCAAGGGCUGCAGCACCUCCUCAGCCUUCCCCACCCCCAACCAAGUUCAUAGUCAUGUCAUCUUCUUCUGGUGCCUCAUCUUCACAGCAGGUCCUGUCUCUUAGCACAGCAGCCCCUGGCUCUGGCUCUACCACUACCUCUCCUGUCACCACCACAGUCCCCAGUGUCCAGCCUAUUGUGAAGUUAGUCUCCACUGCAACAGCAGCCCCUCCUAGCACAGCUCCCUCAGGGGCAGGCAGUGUCCAGAAAUACAUUGUUGUAUCUCUUCCACCAUCUGGGGAAGGCAAGGGAGGGCCAGCUUCCCAUGCUUCCCCAGCUCCUCCCCCAUCAUCUUCUUCCCCUUCUCCUCUUGGGGGUGGCUCCCUUUCUGGAGGAAAACAGGAUGUUGGGGAUAGCCCCCCUCAAGCUCCUGGUACUCCUAAGGCCAAUGGUUCACAUCCUUCUAGUUCCAGCUCUCCUCAGCCUACCCCCUGAAGGCUUCACACCCUACUCCUACAAAAUCAUUCUUAUAUUCAAAUACAAAUUCUCAUUCAUGUUAUAUUACAUUUCAGUUUGGGAAAAGGAGUAGUUCACCUCUUCCCUCUCAACUGUCUCCAGAUAUAUCCCUCCCCAAAAUAAAACAGUUCAGUUUGUAA